CAGCACGUAGUUAUGCCCUGUGGCCAUGGGUAUACCAGUCCGUGGUCGCCUGUUGCACGCUCGGGUACUACAGAGGCCUCCUCAUGUCCGUCCCGUCUUUUCCCUUCUUCUCCCAUGCCAUCGACGACUUCAACGCCGCGACCGCGAAGGCCAGGCUCAGCGCUCGACUACCUGCCAAGCUCGAUGGCGACUGGCAGAAAUUCGUCGACCACAUGCUGAAGGGCUGGGAUGAUAUUACACGCCAGUGCGAAUGGGUCAUCUUUGCAUGCGCCUUCGUCGAGCGCCACAUGCAGCCUGUGGCGGGUCCAUCGUUCGCCAUUGCGACAGCGUUCUCAUACGCGACAUACGUAUGCGGUGGCAUCUCUCUCGUGCUGUGUGUGGCGAUGAAGAGACACAUCGAGUUCAUUCGCCGCAAUCACGAGUCUCGAUGGAACUGGCACUCGGUCACCGAACGCAAUGCCGAAUCCCCGUUUAUUGCGACAUCUGCAUUGCUUGCAGCUCCCAUUGCAUGGAGAAAUUGGUCUUAUGUCUCUUUCGGAAUGUUCACGAUUAGUACUCUGUGGUGCCUCCUGUCGUCCGGCAACAUGUCCGCAUACGUGGCAGAUGCCAUACUUGACUCGCGGAGCAAGAAUUCCACGUCCGCAAUGAAUGCAGGCUUGCCAACGGCAGAUACCCAAGGCGUGCCCGCCUCCACACUCGCCCGUGUCCUCAUCAUCAUUAUCGGUGCAGUAGGGCUCUUGCACAUGGCAUUCGUCUUAGCGUAUUUCUAUCAGCUUGGCUACCCCCCUCCGCGUCCGACCAGGACGCGUGCGAGGAAAUCGGAUUCUCGGUCGCACUCGGAAGAAUCCAUCCACGAGGAAUACGAACACUGCACCCCUAUCUCUUCUGCGGUGUAA